AUGAACAGAUUAUUCAAUAUUCAAUCUGUUAUUAAAAAACAAGUAGGAUGGUCAAACUCAAGAAGCUUCCACUCUACCUCACCAAACUUUAUGUUUGAAAAAAUUUUAAUUGCAAAUAGAGGUGAAAUUGCAUGCAGAGUUAUGGAAACUUGUCAAAAAAUGGGUAUUAAAACUGUUGCUAUUCAUUCAGAUGUUGAUAAAAAUGCUAAGCACGUUCAAUUAGCUGAUGAAGCUAUUUGUGUAGGUCCAGCUCCAACUUCAGAAUCAUAUCUUAAUAUCGAAGCUAUUAUUGAAGCAAUUAAAAUGACAGGUGCUCAAGCUGUUCAUCCAGGUUAUGGUUUCCUUUCAGAAAACGCCAAAUUUGUUAAAGAAUUAGAAAAGAUUGGUGUCACUUUUAUUGGUCCAGGUUCAUAUGCUAUGCAUGCUCUUGGUGAUAAAAUUGAAUCAAAAAGAAUUGCUAAAGAAGCUGGUGUAAGUGUUGUUCCAGGUUUUAUUGGUGAAGUCGAUGGUAUCGAUCAUGUUAUCAAGAUUGCAAAUGAUAUUGGUUAUCCAGUUAUGGUUAAAGCUUCAGCUGGUGGUGGUGGUAAAGGUAUGAGAAUUUGUAGAAACGAUGAAGAUGUUAAAAUUGGUUUCAGACUUUCAAAACAAGAAGCCAAAUCAUCAUUUGGUGAUGAUAGAAUGCUUAUUGAAAAAUAUAUCGAACACGGUAGACACAUUGAAAUUCAAAUUUUAUCAGAUGGUGAUAAUGCCCUUUAUUUCCCAGAAAGAGAAUGUUCAAUUCAACGUCGUAAUCAAAAAGUUAUUGAGGAAGCUCCAUCAUCAUUCAUUACACCAGAAGUUCGUGAACGUAUGGGUAAAGAAGCUGCUGCUUUAGCAAAUAAAGUCGGUUAUAAAUCAGCUGGUACUGUAGAGUUCCUUGUUGAUAGCGAACGUAAUCAUUACUUUUUAGAAAUGAACACUCGUCUUCAAGUAGAACAUCCAAUUACUGAAGAAAUCACUAAACAAGAUCUUGUCGAACAUAUGAUUCGUGUUGCUUAUGGUGAAAAAUUAAAGAUUAAACAAGAAGAUCUCAAGAUUCACGGUUGGGCUAUGGAAUCUCGUGUUUAUGCCGAAGAUCCAUAUCGUAAUUUCCUUCCAUCAAUUGGCAGAAUUAAGAAAUAUAUUCGUCCAAGCGGAACUGGUGUUCGUAUCGAUGGUGGUAUCUUUGAAGGUGCUGAAAUUUCAACUUAUUACGAUCCACUCAUCAGUAAACUUAUUACCUAUGGUGAAGACAGAAAGACCGCUAUCACUAGAAUGAAGAGAGCUCUCGAUGAAUACUUUAUCGAAGGUGUUAACCACAACGUUCCAUUCCUCCGUGACGUUAUGGAAAAUAAAGAUUUUAUGGAAGGUGAUAUCAAUACUUCAUUCAUCCCACAAGAGUACCCAGAGGGUUUCAAAGGUUAUAACUUUACACCAAAACAAAUUCAAUCACUUUCAAUCGCUGGUGUUUUAUUACGUUUCAUCGAACAACACAAGAGCCUUACCAACUCUUCAAAUUCUAACCGUACUUCAUCAGUUAGUCCAGAUAUUGUUUACAUUGCUAAAGUUGGUAAUGUCAGCAGCCCACUUCAAUUUGUUCCAUCAGAAGAUGGUUCAAAUAAUAAAUUCUUUGCCCAAUUCCUCAACGAAGAAGGCGACGCCAUUAAAGACUCUGAUGUUACAGUUGAACUUGUUGACUCUACCCCACAAUUCAUGAAAUUAAAAAUUGGUAGUUCUAUUCACCGUUUCCAAAUUCAUAAAAAAGGUAUCACUUCAUUCACUAUUCAAUACCACGGUACUAAGAUUCCAGUAACUGUCUUAUCACCAGAAGAAGAUUCGCUUUCAAAAUACAUGCCAGUUAAGAAAUCUGUUGAUAAUUCUAACUCACUCUUAUCACCAAUGCCAGGCACCGUUUUAUCAUUUGCUGUUAAACCAGGUGACAAGGUUGUUGUUGGUCAAGAAUUAUGUAUUGUUGAAGCUAUGAAAAUGCAAAAUGUUCUCCGUGCUCCAAGAGAUUGUGAAAUUAAAUCAAUUACUGUUAAACCAGGCCAAGUUGUUGCUGUCGAUGAGGUUUUAGUUGAAUUUAAAUAAACAAAGUAUAUUAUAAAAAAUAAAACAACAAAAAAAAAAAAAACAAAAUUAUAAUUUAAUAAAAAAA